AUGUCUUGUGAUAUGCGCGAUGGACCUGGCACGACCUGGCUUGCUCCUCCCCAUUCCUCUUCGCCACGCCCUAACCUCGACGCCGAUGCCGACGCCGACGCCGACGCUCCUGCUCACGAUGCUGCGGCAACGUCCAUGUCCAACUCGCGCCACGCUCACCACCAACAUCGACGUCCCGAUUCGCGCGCCCCGGCUUCCAUGUCACUCAAACGCAAAUUCAUCAACUCCAUGAUGAUGAUGACGACGACGACGACGACGACGACGCAUCAUGGUCGACCUGCUUCCACUGGCACCGACACGCUGCAAUCCGCCAUCUCCUCCUUUCCUCAUCCGCCUCCGCCACCGCCUCCACCAACGCCACCCAAAUCCGGCCCAAUGGCAAACAUACCGGCACUGCAAACUGAUUGCCAUGUCCGCAUCUCCGCUGCUCAUCCCUACCCCGGACUCACUGAUUUGGCUGACGCGACGGACGCUGCUGCUGCUGCAUCUCACGCGCAAUCCACGUCGCACGCACUCAAUGCGCCGCCAUCUUCACCCUCGCCCGGCACGCGCUCUCGCAUGCCCGUCCGCGCCUCAUCCCUUUCUCACAACUCGCCUUGGCCGCCGCCACCUUCAUCUUGCCAUCGCGCACCUCUCACCACCUCGGCCGCUCCGACGCCUACCCCGACAUCAUCCGGCACUCCAACGCAUUCUCAUUGCUGCGACUCCACAUCCCUCUCUUCUCCCGUCUCCCACUCUGCCCCCACCUCUGUCAUUUCCCUCUACGACGACGACGACGGCGGCGGCGGCGGCGGCGGCGGCGCCACUGCUCGCGCAACACACGGCCUGUCUACUCGACCCGCGUCGGUGGCAUACACGACUUGCAACCGAUCUUCCGUCAUCGCACACGCUCACGCUCACGCUCACACGAAACGCGACGCUUCAUUGCAAUGGGACUUUCCUCGACGUCCAUGGCAUUCCUUUCGACCACGAACAGCCAUGCCUUCCCUACCCGCAGGAAUUCUGCUUCAAGACUCGCCAUCCUACAUUUCCGCUCGAAGCGCAAACUCGCUCAUCUCCUUUUCCAGACCUACGCGCAUCCGAGCAGAGACUUUGCACUUUUUGAACAGACUGCUAGACGAACUGCUCCUGCUCGUGCUCAGCUCGGCCAAAUCCCUCGCUACGGACCGCAUCAAGACGGAUGGCAUACUGCGCGUUUUGGGAAGCACGGGUGCAGGGGCGCUCUUGGCCAAGAAUGCCGUGCUGGAAGCUGAAGUGGAGAUGAGGCAGUAUGUGGAUGGGAUGCGCAAAGAGGGAAACAAGGUGCCCCUCGGUCUCAGCGCUACCAGUCGUCUGGACGGCACCGAGGGAUUCCCCGUCAAGAGCGCAUACGAGGCUGUGAGUCUUGUUGGGCGCUUCCAACCGCCAUGUCCGCCCACCCGCCCGCUCUUCCGCUGACCCCCCGCCCCCCUCUUCUCCCUCUCUUUGCGCGUGGGCCGGCGCGCACACUAGCUUCGCGUCAGGUGUCAGUACUACAGCACGCUCGGCUCGCUCGAAGAUCCUUCGCCCCACUCGACUUCUGCAGACACGACCAUCAUGUCUUCAGAAGGCCGGCCCAUCGCUUCCAUCACACCGCCCGUCAGCAUCUACGUGACGGCUCUGCUGGAAUUCGUGGCGGAACACGUGCUGAACAAUGUGGGACGCAUCAUCGAGCGGGACAAUAGCGAUGAAGCUGGACUGAUGGAUCUGAGAAAGGCUUUGGAGGAGGAUGAGAGCUGCGCUAGUUGGUGGGACCGCAUGACCACGCGGGUGGAGAUGCAGUCAAAGGAAAGGGAAGAGGGCGAAUCGCGAAGAGGCAGCGCUCGUCCUUGGCAAGUUCCCGACGAGUCUGAGCUGGAAGAAGCUGCUGGUCGUAGAAAAUUUGUGAGGCAGAGCCUCAACCUGAGCUCUACCGGCGUACCCAUCAGCCCUUCCUUUACCUCUACACCUCGAGCUGCGGGACAAGGACAUGGACGGGAGAGCAGUCAACCUUACAGCGCCAGCGCCCAUGGGCACAACGACCGCGACUUUGGCGCGCAGAGUCCGGCCAGCACAAGCCUCACGCACGGCAGCUCCUUGCCCGGCAGCGCGACGGCCUUCAACUCGGCCGUCGGAUCGACGAAUCACAGCGUGGAGACGGCUGCUACGAGCACCGGACCGACGCUCACCCGUAGAUCCAGCAGCGAUCGCGGCUGGGGCAACCUGCUGCAGGGUCGUCGACGCGGAAGCUUCAGAAGCAGCCAGGACAUGGCUGCUCCCAAACCCUCCCUCUCUCAGACCAGCGACGGGGCCAACCCAGAGAUUGUGGAGCCGGACGAUUUCGAAGCGCUAAUGAUGAGCGGACAGACGAUGAAGGUCUCCUUGACGCCCAACAGGCUGCGCACCAUCGAGGUGGCCAAGCAGGACGCGGAGGCCAAGAAGAAUGCGAGAAAAAGACCUGGCGUCAUGAACCUCGGAGUCAGAGACGAUGGCGGAUCCUCCACACCCCUCUCUGCUCGAAGCGCCACUUCUCCCGCUCCUCCUCCGCUUUCGGCGCGAUCAGCUGCCGAAGGUGCGCCGCUGGAAGAUCAGCUGCUCGCUGCUGCGGGAGUUUCGGGACGCGAGCGCAGCGCAUCGAGAGCGAGCUCCAUUCGUGCUAGCAACAGCAGCCGAUCCAACUUGACCCCCAAGACGGGCAGUCAACCACCUUCGGCGUACCGCGGGCCUCCGGAAGCGGGCAGACCAAGCGAGCAGAAUGGACGUUCCGCCUCCGUCGAUUAUGGCACGGUGGACGAUGAGUAUGCGGCUGGACCAAUUGGCGGAUCGCGAAGGGGCAGCAGCGCCAAGGGCGCUUUGCAACCGCGAAACGAGGGUACAACCUCUUCGGUCCGUGACAUGGUAGACAUGUUCAACGGCACGCCUCCCAGUCCUCUGACCCAGGGUCAAUUCGACUCGCCAGCCAGCGGACGCGAAAGCAGGCAGAGCGUCAUCAGCUUGUCCUCCAACACUGGCGAUGGUCGCAAGGGCGCCUUGUCCGGUCGCGUGAGGUCGCUGUUUGGUGGGCGCAAGCCGAGCGCUUCGGGCAUCGUCACUCCUCAACCACGUCGUCUGCACUCUGGCAACAAUUCUCGCAACGGCUCCUUUGCCAACAUGCCCAAUGCCAGCGAAGAUAAUCUCGCCUCCAGCUCUGUUGGACACGCAAGCGUUGCCUCCAUCAGCGAAUUUCAGCAACCGCAGUCGCGCACCGUUGGUGGUUCUCUUGGCAGAUCUCAUAGCAAUCGCCCACCAUCUGCUGGCGGACGCGUUGCCGUUCCCGCAUAUCGAGACGGGGAUGAGGGUCGAUUAUCACCCGCCAUCGAGAGCACCACGCCCGAUCCGCCAGUCAAGACGCCAGACGCGACCGAAGCGCUUCCUGAUCUUCCGGUCAAUGCUGGCGUGGCUGACCUUUCGAGAUCGACCAACGACAGCGGUGCUCUUGUCGGCAUAUACCCCGAAGAGCCUCUGCUUCGCCGAGCUGCUACUCCCCCUUCUCCGCCGCCAGCGCAGGGUCAGCAAGCUCGCGCCGAUCCUCCAAGUCGCAAGAUACCCUGGAGCUAUGCUCGACAAUCUUCCAUCGGUCCCAGCAACGCAGCGAUCGGCGCGUCCAUCAGGAGACCAGGAAGCUCUGCUGCUGCUGAGCGCAAUGCCGCGGCUGCUGCCGCCGCCGCUGGGACGGCUGGAAGCGUGGGCGGACACUCUAGCAGCAAUGAGCAUGCCCCGCCAAGCGCUUGGGCUUACUCUGCCGGUGGUACGAUGGACGAGCACGCGGUGGGCAACAAGACGCCCACGGCUAAUCAUGCGGCCGGCUAUGCUCAGUCACCAUCGACGCGCAGCUCGAUGGGACCCGCGCGAACUUCGUCGACCACCUCAAGAUCCGAGACGGCUCGUGUGCUGGCGACUUUGGACAGGCGCAUGCGGGACUGCAACACUGUGGAGGAGUGCAGAAUGCUAGUCUCGCAAUCUCUUGCUCUGGCCGCUGCUGCGAUGCACGCUACCGGCGGCGAAUCGCGUCAGGUGCAGGAUAUGCCAGACGAAGAUGUUGUUGCUGGCGAUGCGCAGCAUCCUAGAUCUACAACACUGCAGCCUGCCCUCGCCGCCGCCACCGCCGCCACCGCCGCGCUCAAGAUCAAAGCUUCCCCCGCCGAAGUGGCCGUAGCUACAAUCGAUGCUCCUCGUGCGCUGCUGCCCAUCCUCGCCAUGGCGGAAGGGUACGACGCUUAUGCGGACGAGAGCACGCCGGCUUUCAAACAGUCUGCCAAUCUAGCUGCUUGGCUGUUGGAUGGCGAUGGCGAUGGCAACGACUUGUUUCACUCUUUGCCGCAGCAGCAGCAGCAGCAGUACGCCGAAUCGAACACUUUUGACAGCAGCCCCGCGUCCAAAGACUCUUCUCAUGCUGCCGAUUUGGAGGAUGAUUUCUCCUCUGCCAAGUCGGACGAAGAGCAAGAGGAGCACGAAGUGGAUGCGGAUGCGGAUGCGGAUGCGGAGGAUACGGAGGAGGAAGCUCGGACUGUACAGCGACAAGCGCCACCCGCACCCGCCUCCGCCUCCGCCUCGGCUUCCGGCUCGGGAUAUCGACGCUCGGCAGCUUCGGAACUGGCCAACGUCGCAUCCGACGCCACGCUCCGUUGGACUUCGGCUAGCAGUGGCAGUGGCACCAAGAAUGCUAGAGGCACCACAAACGGAUAUCUGCCCGGCUCUUACGCUUCGCAAACGCCCCUGCUGUCGCGCAGCAAAGCUGCUGCACCACUACAGCCCAACAUGCACGCAACGAAAGUCAUGCCUUCGAACACGACGGAUGGGGAAUUGGCAGAGAUGCAAGCGAGACGAACUAGCAUGCAUUCCAGCACCAAAUCCUUCAGGGACGCUUCGGAGGAGCCGGUCGAUUAG